GCAAUCAACUGCACAUAUUCAUAAAACAACAACUACACAAGAAAAAUAUCAACAAAUUAAAAUGAUACCUAUAAUGAGCUCUGCUCCUCUAUCAACUGCUACACCAAUAUCUCUCCCCGUACGUAAAAUUCCAGGGAGCUACGGGUUUCCAUUAUUAGGGCCACUUUGGGAUCGAUUAGACUAUAACUGGUUCCAAAAGCUCCCAGAUUUCUUCAGCAAGAGAGUCGAAAAGUAUAACAGCACGGUAUUCAGAACGAAUGUACCGCCUUGUUUUCCAUUUUUUUUGGGUGUAAAUCCAAAUGUAGUGGCGGUACUGGAUGUCAAGUCAUUUGCACAUCUAUUUGAUAUGGAGAUUGUUGAGAAAGCUAAUGUGCUUGUUGGUGAUUUCAUGCCCAGUGUUGUUUAUACUGGUGAUAUGCGUGUUUGUGCUUAUCUUGAUACUUCUGAACCUAAACAUACUCAGAUUAAGAACUUUUCAUUGGACAUCCUAAAAAGAAGUUCAAAGACAUGGGUGCCUACACUAGUUAAAGAACUUGAUACACUGUUCGGAACUUUUGAAUCAGAUCUUUCAAAAUCCAAAUCAGCUUCUCUUCUCCCUGCAUUGCAAAAAUUCCUCUUCAACUUCUUCUCCUUAACUUUCCUCGGGGCCGAUCCAUCAGCCUCACCGGAGAUAGCCAACUCUGGCUUCGCCUAUCUUGAUGCAUGGCUAGCUAUUCAACUAGCACCUACUGUUAGCAUUGGUGUUCUUCAACCCCUUGAAGAAAUCUUCGUCCACUCUUUUUCAUACCCCUAUUUUCUUGUCCGUGGAGGUUACGAAAAACUCAUUAAGUUUGUGAAAAGUGAAGCUAAGGAAGUGUUAACGAGGGCACAAACAGACUUUCAGCUAACUGAACAAGAAGCCAUUCAUAACCUUUUGUUCAUUCUUGGAUUCAAUGCUUUUGGUGGUUUCACCAUUUUCUUGCCAACCCUUCUGGGAAACCUUGGAGACGAGAAAAAUGCUGAGAUGCAAGAGAAACUGAGAAAAGAAGUGAGGGAAAAAGUUGGGACAAAUCAAGAAAACUUGAGUUUUGAGAGUGUAAAAGAAAUGGAACUGGUUCAGUCUUUUGUUUAUGAAUCACUUAGGCUAAGCCCACCAGUGCCAAGUCAAUAUGCAAGAGCAAGGAAAGACUUCAUGCUCAGUUCACAUGAUUCAGUUUACGAAAUCAAGAAAGGUGAACUUCUUUGUGGUUACCAGCCAUUAGUGAUGAAAGAUCCAAAGGUGUUUGAUGAACCUGAAAAGUUUAUGUUGGAGAGGUUUACAAAGGAGAAAGGGAAAGAAUUGCUGAAUUAUUUGUUUUGGUCUAAUGGUCCACAGACUGGGAGACCUACUGAAUCAAACAAGCAAUGUGCUGCUAAGGAUGCGGUUACUCUUACUGCUUCUUUGAUUGUGGCUUACAUUUUCCAAAAGUAUGAUUCUGUGAGUUUCUCAUCUGGUUCACUCACAUCUGUGAAAAAAGCCUGCUGAGUAUUAUGUACUAUGGUAGGUACUAAAGGUUGCUAAACAUGUUGAAAUUAAGUCAUCAGUGGCUUUUCUCUCCACCUAUUGUGAUAUGUAACAUUAUUUCAUGAAUAAAAGUUCAAGAAGAGUGCUUAUUUUC